CCUUAUUCAUCAUCUCUUGGUAUAGCAUAUUGAACGCCCAAGAUGGGAAAGAAGGGGUACUCGGGUGCUUGCAUUGGUAGUGUUGUUUUCUUUUGUCUUGCCAUCGUGGGUAGUGGGUUAUCCCCGGCGGCGACACCGGCACCUGCACCGGCACCGGGGCCGGUGGAGUCUAAUGGUGGUGGUCCAUUAAUUGUGCCGGCUUUGUACGUGUUUGGGGACUCUCUGGUUGACAGUGGAAACAACAAUUAUCUAUCAACGAUGGCCAGAGCCAAUUAUCUACCUUAUGGUGUUGAUUUCCCUGGUGGACCCACCGGCCGCUUCACCAAUGGCAAAACUGUUGCUGAUUUCAUAGCUGAGUCUCUAGGGCUACCUCUUGUCCCUCCAGAUCUUAGUAUUUCACAGAUAAAGAGGAACGAAACUACAACUGGUGUAAAUUAUGCAUCCGGGUCAGCUGGCAUUCUCCCUCAAACAGGCACCACGUUGGGAAGCAAUUUGAACUUAGACAGUCAAAUCAGUAAGUUCGAGGACACUGUGAUGAGGAACUUGCCCCACAUGUUCCCAAGCUCAAAGGAACUUUCUCAAUACUUGUCCAAAUCUAUUUUCUUGGUUGAUGUGGGGAGCAAUGAUUUCAUCAAUCCAUAUCUUCAACCACAAUCUACAGACUUAUCAAUCCCUAAUCCUCAAAAGAAUCCCCAAGACUUUGCCAAACUUCUUACAAGCAACCUCUCAGAUUAUUUGCAGAGACUGUAUCAACUUGGGGCUAGGAAGUUUGUAGUAUUUGAGGUUGGCCCCAUUGGAUGUAUACCAGCUCUCACCAAUAACAGUAAGGGACUCAUUGGAGGAUGCAUCCAAGAAUUAAACAAUCCAGUAACUACAUACAAUCAACAGCUUUCCUCGCUACUCAAAUUCUUGAAUUCCAAGCUUAAGGGCUCAAUUUUUUCUCAAGCUAAAGCUUACUCAUUGUUGAUGCUAGAGACAAAUAAAGCUACUAAAACAGGGCUUUCUGAUGUAAUGAAGGCGUGUUGCUCUGGAACAUUACAUUGCACUGCAUCUCAACCAUCAUGCAAGAACGCAAACCAACACUUUUUCUUCGAUGGAUUCCAUCCGACUGAAGCAAUCAACUCAAAAGUUGCAAGAGCAGUCUUCUCUGAUUCAUCGGCAUGCUCUCCAAUCAGUAUCCAAAAUAUGGCAAAAGCUUAAUUUUCAGAAUCUGGAUCCUAUCCCACAAGGGAUCCACCAUCCAUGGAUGUGGAACCCACCUCUAACACACAAAACCAACACCCCAUUGACGAUAUCAUCCCAUACAAGACCGUCCCCAAGUGAGGGGUGUAAUUAUAUGAGUUUUAGCAGUCAAGUGUUCUUGCCACAUGAGAUUGAUACCGGAAAAGCUUUAUAAGUUUAUAUAAUAUGGCUACUUUCGUUCGGACA